UGAGUAGCUUAACAAUGAUCGAAUUCUAUAUUACAGGCCUAGUAACAGCCAGAUUUUGAAUGCUUUAAGUAGCCUACAUCUUCCAAUGCCAACUACUUUUAUUAAAGUAAUAUUUUCAAUCCAGGGAAUGAUGCUUUUACUUGAAACAGAUUAUUUUUACAGUAGGCCAAUUAGUAGCACACACACACACACACGGAGAGAGAGAGCGGGUCUCAGCUCACCGGAACCAGAUUUAUUUCUGGUGUUGAACUUGACGUUGGCGCUGUGGAUGCAGGAGAGGGAGCUGUGCCUAUUUAAAGAGGGUCGCCCAGUCACGGAUAAAUAACAGGAGGUCCACGGCGCUGACUAAGCGCCUCUAAAUGGUUUUCAUCCCGCACUGUGUAUCUGUCUGCGGCUUCUUGUUCAUCAGUCCGGACUGACGCCGCUUCACUGCCAUCCGUAGACCAGUCGACCCAGUCCACAGUCUACCAGCUCUUCUCCAGGGGGCUAUUCUGCUGCUGUUUUUCUUUUUCUUAUUUUCUGGGAUACGCGAAAAAUGGGGAAAGAUUACUAUAAAACGCUGGGUAUCUCUAAAGGAGCAACAGACGAGGAUAUUAAGAAAGCUUACAGAAAACAAGCGCUGAAAUGGCACCCGGACAAAAACAAGUCUGCAGCCGCCGAGGAGAAAUUUAAGGAAAUCGCCGAGGCAUAUGAGGUCCUCAGUGAUCCGAAGAAAAGAGAAGUUUAUGAUCAGUAUGGAGAGGAAGGUCUCAAGGGAGGAAACGGUCCAACUGGUGAUGGACAAGGCAGCACCUUCACCUACACCUUCCAUGGGGACCCUCACGCCACCUUUGCCACUUUCUUCGGGGGUUCAAACCCCUUCGAGAUGUUCUUCGGGCGUAAAGCCAACGGCAGAGACGACGAUGACAUGGAGGUGGACGGAAACGACCCUUUCGGAUCCUUCACCAGCUUCAACCUGAACGGAUUCCCUCGGGACGGACAUGUCGGCCCCGGAGGGCCGCAGCGCCGGAAGCAGGACCCGGCCAUCAUCCACGAACUGAGGGUCACCCUGGAGGAGGUCUUCCACGGCUGCACCAAGAGGAUGAAAAUCUCUCGCAAAAGGCUAAAUCCAGAUGGCAGGACCAUGCGCACUGAGGAUAAGAUUCUUACUAUUGAGAUCAAGCGGGGCUGGAAAGAGGGAACCAAGAUCACGUUCCCGCGGGAGGGGGACGAGUCGCCCACUACCAUUCCUGCUGACAUUGUUUUCGUCAUCAAGGACAAGCCACACCCUCACUUUAGGCGGGAAGGCUCGAACAUUGUCUAUCCUGUGCGCGUGAGCUUACGACAGUCGUUGUGCGGAUGCUCAGUUACCGUGUCGACAAUAGACGGGAAGACGUGCAACAUGAAGAUCACGGACGUCGUCAAGCCUGGCAUGAGAAAGACUGUUGCCGGACAGGGUCUCCCCUUCCCCAAAAACCCAGAGCAGAGAGGGGACCUGGUGGUGGAGUUUGAUGUGAACUUUCCUGACACAUUGCCCGGCAACGCCAAGGACGUCCUGAAACGACAUUUACCUACCUAGGACGAAGGACUCAGACUGAACAAGGGGAGAUAACCACAUGACAGCUCUCACCCUCAUUACCAAACACACUCACACAAACACUCACACACAACACACACACACACACACAAGGACAGUUCUGACAGUUCACAGAUGGAGCUAGUGACGAAUGUGCAAUUUCUAUUUUUGAGCUACGUGGUGGUUUUAUAAAUACCAUGCAUGCUGCCAAGUUGAUAUAAGUGCAAGUGAAAGACUGUCUGGGUUAUUGAUAUCUGAAAGUACACAUUGUAUGUAUGUGGGUCUUUGCCAUAAUUACUUUAUCUUUUUGUUUGUUGGUAAUAUUUGGUAGUGAAAGAGUCUACAGUUGCCUAACACAACCCCAGUGAUCCUGGGAAACAUUGCAUUGCCAAACAGUACAUUUUUUCUUGCUCUCAUUUAGAUUUUACAAGCUUAAUUACUGACAUUUUUAACUGUCAUUCAUGUUGAUUUCGUCAUUAAGAGAUACACGUCUCAAUUUGGAGGCUGUCUUAAAAUGUGUGUACAGGUUAUUCAAGAAAGGAAGUGGUUGAAUCAAAUGCAUUGUCACGUGUGCAUUUUAGAAUCGUACAUGUGAAGAUAUUGAACUUGAAUUUUAAAAUAAAUAUUUCCACAUGAAGUGAGCUUGAGCUGUUGUUGUGCAGUUGUGGAGAGGCAUGUGAUGAAUCCUCCUCUGUGAAACAAACAGUGUAUUAACAAUAAUCACUUUAAAACCGUUAAUACUGCUUAGGCCUAUAUAUAGUCAGUGAAUAGUCUGCAUAGCAAUAUUACAUAAAAUGAGUCCUCUGCAGCACCAAAUGGUUCUUCAGACGUAUAUUUUAAUAGUAAAAUGUGUAUAUUUUGUUGUUGUGAAAUUUAUAAAGUAACUUUUCUCAUGUGCAAAGAUCAAUAUUAAAAAUACAUCGACU